AUGGCCACCCACACGAGCGUGUGCGCAGCUUUGCAUUGCAGCUCGCGGCAAGGCAAGCGUCCCGCCCCUGAGCUGCGGCAGUCGCCUGCAGCCGGCACCUUGCAAGCUCUGACCCAGCACUGGCCACAUUGGCUCUACUCGACCUUGGAGACUGACGUCGCAUCUGCACCCGAGAGACUUGGGCCGGCCGCUCCACCCGCAUCGUCGUGGGUGCUGCUCCUCCAAGCCUCCUCAUCCAGCUCGACGCUGUCGGUCUUGCUCUUCAGUUCGAUCCACCACCCGCGCCUCCAGCAACAAGGCAGGCUUCUGCUGUCGACCACCACCAACCUCAGCCCAGCCUUCCCUGCACCGCUGCGUUUGCCGUGCUCGUCCAUCUCCAUCGCUGGAAUCCGACUUCCUCCCACCUCGCAUCCCGCAUCCCGCAUCCCGCAUACCGCAUACCGCUGCACGCCUCCAACUGCGCCCGCAUCGAUCCUCGAAGGCAAGACAUUCGACGUCCUCGAGGCCAUCCCCCUCAUCGCCAUGUCCGACACCGCCUUCGCGCUCAAGUCGCCCCGCUUCGACAUCGAAGAGGAGCCUGGCGACUCGCACACUUCCUGCGGCCACCAAUGGGUCGGCGCCUUCGAGCGAGUCCUGGGAGACCGUCAGAGCAUGGCUGCAGAGCGCCCUUCUCGUCCGCCCGCAAAGUCGGUCGCCUCCAACAAUACCAUCGUCCAAACUCGCGAUGCUAGAUCCCUCUCGGCGCACCCGCCUUUGCAUGACGAGCGCGCAAGCGAGUCCUCCAGAUCCACCACCGUCUCGCGCGCCGGGAGCUCCCAUUCCAGCGGUCCGACGUCCCCCUCCUUGCGCGACCCCGCCUCUUCAGAAGCUCUUUCUCUGCCACCUCCUUCCGCAGAUCUGCCUCCCGCCCUCGCCAACCAGCCUACCAGCUCCGAGGCAGAGUACAAUGGCGGAGCACUCAGACGUUUCCGCACCAAUUCUUCCAGUGGCAGUGUCUCGCUCAUCUCGCUACCGCCUUCCUCCGCAGCGUCGACGACCAACGCCUCCAACACAAGCUACGGCGUCUCCCUCCAGCCACGCCUCAAGCCUGCACCCUCUCCCCUGCACGUCGGCGCCCCACAGCUGGGCGACACUGUCGACCUCAGGGUGCUUUCCCAAGGGCCCGACCACGUCUCGGUCAACCUUCAAGACUGCCUGCGCUUCGAACAGACCUACAUCAACCAUGCUCCUAGCGUCCAUCACGUCAUGAUCACCAACCACAGCUCCGACCACAGCGCCAUCGUCCGCCUCGAAUCCGAUCUUCGCCCCGGUCUCACAUUCAUGCGUCGCAAGCGCUCGGCUCCUCAGAAUCAGUUCGAACCCGAAGCUUGGCCAUCGAACAGCAUUGCCUGGGCGCGCAAGGGCGGCUUCGUCCCCGCCAACCUCAGAGGUUGGAGGCACGUCCUCGCCAAUCUCGAGAAUGCCGACUCGUUCAUCCUCGAGCCCAGCCAGACCACCAAAGUCUACGUCGUCCUUCGUCCCGCAGACUUUGUCGAAGAGGCAGAAGCGAUCCAGUGCAACACCGGCUGGCCGUACCGCGUGCCACCAUCGCCUUCGACGCAGGCCACCUCGCGCAAGCCCUCCGAGUAUGCCGCCUCUUCUGCCCUCCAUCCGUCGCGUGCAGACUUGGUCAACGCCACCUCGCCCGUCUCCACGCCUGCUGCCUUCCUCGAGCAACAGCAAGGUAGCUUCAGUGCCGCCGUCUCGGAUCAAGAGAGCACGGGCAGUGCCGCCGAAGAGCUCGGCCUCACUUCGCCGCGCUCCGCUCCAGAGCUGCAUGGAAGCAUCGCUGCCUCACGUGCCAACACCUCGCGGCCCUUGUACCCGGCGUUUGGCCUUCGAGGCACCAUCACCCUCUCCAGCUGGACGAUCCCACGUCAUGACGGUGACGACGAGGCUAGCGUCGACCAAGCCCGUAGUCUUUCGCAUAAAAGCGCGCAGGCCUCUUCGUCCGCAUCCAAUCCGUCUUCGUCCCGUCCUGUCUCGUCGUACGGCGCGCCCGCUGCAGCGUCAGCAUCCGUCGCCUCGUCGACCGCCUCAGCUUUGCGCAGCCAGCCGGACGAGCGCGAAGUGCAGAGGAUCCGCAUCCCCGUCGCCGCGCAAUGCUGCAGGCCUUUCAUCGAUGCUGCCAUCGCUUCUGCCACCUUGCCACCGCACGCAAGCGCGCAGACGAGCCACUCGGCCGCCAUCUACCUCGACUUUGGCGAUGUCAUCGUCGGCCAGUCGCAUGCUCAGAUCCUCACGCUCCGCAAUCUGGCCGAGAUCGACUGCUUCUGCCAAGUCAAGCUCGAAGAGGCCGACAACAUGCUGCAGACGCCGCCUGUCCAUCUGACCAGCGCUGACAACGACGAGACUGUGCCUUCGGUCUGGGCAGCCGAGCAGGAAAAUGCGGCCUACGAGCCUCUCGUCCUGCCUCGUCUCGAGUCCAAGCAGAUCAAAAUCUCGCUCAAGCCACAGGAACCUUGUCGCGAUUAUGAGCAGGUGCUCACCAUCACCUCGCUACACAAUUCGGCCAACAGCAUCCGCGUUGUCAUCCGGGCCAAUAUGCUGGGCACCGCCAAAGACGAUGCUCUCGCCGUGCUUUCGGGUGACUACCUCGAUUUCGGCGACUGCUAUGGCGGCCACUGGACAAAGCAGCUGCUUGUACUCAAGAACAACGCUGACGUGCUCCUCGACGUCUCCUUUGGCGUGCAGAAGGGGUACGAGGUCAUGUUCCAGCUCGCAGAGCUCGCGCCACAGGGCGAGGACGAGGCGACAGAUCAGGACGAGGUUCCGCCGAGCUCCCACGUCAGCGAGAUCUCCAUCUCCUCUGCCAGCACAGGCGAUCGCAGCCGCAUCUCGGCAGCCGACAGCAGCAGCGCCGGAUUCGGCGCGGAUGCUGCGUCCAGUGCUUAUGAGCACUCGCGACAGUCCGAGGCCGGCGGCGAGCACCACGCCACCACGUCCGACUUUGCAAAGACGCCCACCCACUAUGCACAGGUGCCGCAGGGCCCAGCCGGCUUGGAACCACCUAAGCUAGAGCUGCCAGUAGCGGAUAACACCGCGGCCUGCGAUAUGCUUCGCGGUCGCAGAGGCAGUGCUCAGACGGACGAAGACGGCGUUGACGCCUCUUCCGUCGCCUCUCAAGCGGGGUCGCGGUCCAACUCGCCCGUUCGCCCGUCCACGCAAUCAUCGGCAAAGCCGCAGCUCAGCGAGUGUCUCGCAAAUUCGGCAGCAGAGGUGGCUCGCGCGAGUAAGGGCGAGGCGCCGCAGCUCAACCUCAUGGAUCGCGUCCAUUCGGGCCGCCCCGAAUCGCUCGCUUCUGCCGCUAGCGAUUUCGACCAAGCCAGCGUGUCUACCAAUCCGCAGAGCAAUGCCUCUUCCGCCUUUGCGUCUCGACCUGCUUCCCGCGGACGUCCCCUCGAGUCGGACCGCCACGAAGAUGCCAGCUCGAUCCGCUCGGUCCAUACUGCGCUUUCCCAAGACAGUCGGGCGGGCUCGUACCCUGCUGGGUCGUCGCAUGCAGGAUCCUCGAGUGCCUCGGCCCGCAACCAGCUUCGCCACCCAGUGGGAGCCGCCAUCUCCGGGCUGCGCCACGUGGAGCAUGCUCAGAGCAACCAGCUCGAGGAGCUCGUCCUUCGACCGGGAGGCGAGUAUCGCGUCUUUGUCUCGUACCGCCCCGAGCGUGUCGCCUGGGAUGCCGAGUUUUCUGGCGGCCGUCUCGUCGAAAGGACGUUCCGCAUCUCGCUCGACUAUUCUCGUGCGCGGCUUGCCAACGCCCGAAGUCGCGGUGGUCGCGAGCGAAGGACCGUGGUCUGUCACAGCCGCACAUGUACAUCGUUUAUCUCGAUCACACCCAAGAUGAUCGAUCUCGGCGAGGUGCAGGUGGGCACGCGCAAGUCGGCCAACAUCUCGGUCACCAACCGCUCCGAGCUGACGGCACGUGUCGACCUGCGCUUUGUCUCAAAGGUGCUCAGCAUGUACCGAGACGAAGUGGCCAUUCCGGCGCUCCAAACCGUCGAGCUCAAGGUCGAGUCGUUCCCGCGCAGAGUCAACGAGACGUAUCGCAAGCAGAUCACGGUGGCCAACUUGCUCAACCGCCAAGGCGAUCAGAUCUUCGAGGUGCGCUCGCGCAACGUCGACAAGCAGCGCAUCAGCUUCCACUCGCUCUUCUACCGCAUCCUCACGCCGACCGGGUCUAACUACGUCGACUUUGGCGACGUCAACAUCAACUCGAUGCGCAUGCGCACCUUCACCAUCGAGAACAUGUCGGACAAGAAGCUGUCGCUCGAGCUGAGCCCUGCGCACCCCGAAGACGUCACGCUGUACAUCAAGGCCCCUGUUCCCGAUGCCAAGUCCAGCAGCAGCCCAAAGCUCGAGGCCAAGGCGGGCGCAUCCAAGUACGGCGAUCAACAGUCAGACGGGCAAGGCACAGGAGCUGAGGCGACCGAAGCAAUUCAGGCAUCCGGUGGAGGCGCCGGUGCAGGCAAGGCCAAGUCGAGCAAGCCCUCCAUGAAGGGUGCCGAUCUCAAAGAGCGCUUCCUCGAGACCAUCUCGGUGGACUCGCCCACCACCGUGCGAACAGAGAAUGCCUCUUGGAGGCUGGCGCAGAAGCACAGCCACUACCGCAAAAAGGAUGACGGCAGCAGCUCUUCCGCCCAGAGGAAGGCACAGUCGUCGGGCAAGCCAAAGCCCAGCAUCAACCUUUUUGCAGCACUCAAAAAGGGUGGCAAGGGCAGAAUCACUGUCGCCUACGGCAAGACGGCGACAUUCAAGGACCGCACGCUGAUCAGCGACUUUGAGCAUCUCGACCUCGCCACCGGCCCCCCGGUCGACGCACGUCGCAUCCCUGCCAAGAGCAAGAAGUAUGCGCUGCUCGAAAACAUCACCACGGGCGGCAAGCCCAAGAGCCUCGGUCAAACCACGGGUCACAAGCACAAUCACGACGACGAUGGCACGAGCAGCGCCUCCAAGUCCAAAUCGAGUGCCAAGGCAAAGGCGGCCGCCAGAGAUCGCGAAGCCGAAUCGCAAGCGGAUGCUAGCCUGUCACCGAAAGUGAAAGCGUCUCGGGCCGCAUCCUCGGUUCCGCGGCUGCCGUCGCCGCUGGCCAGGGACAUCCUUGAUCAAGACAGUGCAGCCCGCACCGCGAGUCCGAAAGAGCCGAGCCAGGGUGGUGCGAGUACGAGUGGAAGCAAGUCGCAGCCCGCUUCGGCCAUUCGUCAGCAUGGCAAGAGCGGCAAGGAAGGAAAGGCCGGCGAGUCGUCGGCUCGCGUGCACUUUUCACCUGCACUGACGGGCAAGCGCAAAGCCGCACCGGUGCUGUCGAAUCCCGUUGAUGUUUCCCGCAUGUCGCUCGAGGACCUGCUGGCGGCCGUCGAGGCCCAGCCGAGCCUGAUGAGCACGUUCUUCUUGGGCACACCCGAGGCGGAGGAGCAAUCCGUGCGCGCCGAGAUCAACUUGCGCCGCGAGCUGCAGAGCUCGAUCGAUGCGGGCAAGCUGCUCCCGCUUGAGGUGCUCGAGGUGGCGCCGCAUUCCGAGGGCCAGGUAAUUGCCGUCUAUCAUCCGAGCGGCAGCACACGGCCGCACAUCCAGGGCAACGCGCGCAAGCAAGACUCGCGCAUCUUUAUGCGACUCAUCGAGUUUGACAUGGGAGUGGUGCGCGCGUCCGAGGAGUUCUCGGGCAUGGCCGAGCUGGAUGCCGACGAGUUGCCCGUCCGCGAUCUGAUGCUGCGAAGCAAUACCUGUCGCAGCUUACUCGAACUGGGGCAGCCGCACAUCAACUUUGGCCACAUGGAGAAGGGCGAUUCGAAGACGCGUAAGAUCCUCAUCCAGAACCGCAGCGAGUGGGCGCUGCGCUACUGCAUCCGCAAGAGUGGAAGCAUUGCGAGUGGUGACAUCAAGCUCAGCAGGGGGCGGUACGGCGUGGUGCCCGGGUACGGCAAGCGCGAGGUCGAGUUUGUCUUUUCGCCCUCCAUGUCCGGCCCAUUCCAGGAGAAGCUGGUGGUAGAGAACGUGGCGGAUCGCGAUAACGACCAGACGGUUGUGCUCAAGGCCAACGUGCGCAAGACGCCCAACUUUGCGGUGGACCCCGGCGCGAUCAACUUUGGCGCGUGCAGUCCCGGCAAGCUCUCGACGCCGGAGAGUUUUGUGCUCACCAACACCACGGCCAAGUCGCGCUCGUUUGUGAUCGCGAUCGACACGCACGAUCUGCUGCAUCAGCGCUGCCUCAUCGAUGUAGGGCUGAGCAUCGCCAGCGACGACGAUGUGCGCGGCACGCUGUCCAAGGAGGAGGAAGAGGAGAUCGAGAAUCUGUCUCAGAAACUCAAGAUCGCGAGCAGGAAGGGCAAUGCCGAAAAGGUCAAGAAGUACGAGGAGAGGCUGACGGCGUUGGGUGUCAAGUUGCCAAGUCUGACGCCGGCGGCGUCUGCCACGCCGUCCGAGACCGCCACCGCGUCCGAAGAUCAAGGCGCCGCCGCGGCUGCGGCUGGCAUUGAAUCUGGCGAGGCGGAGGCACAGGCAGGAUCGCUGGCGGACGCGGCGGAGUCGGCCGCACCUUCGACAGCGGCAGCGAACGCGGACAAGCCAAGGGAACUCAAGCGGAUCUCGUCGACGGUGACGUGUUCACUCGGGCCGAACCAGAGCAAGCGUCUGAUUCUGCGCGUGCGGCCGAGUGCGGUGCAGUCGGCCAUUCCGUCCAACACGAGCGACCCGGGCGACCGGCGCACACAGCACAAGUCGGGCAUGGAGGAAGUGUCGGUGCCCGUGCGCGUGCACGAGGUGAAGAACCAGGACGAGACCAAGAUCGUCGUGCUCAUGGCCACCGUCGAGUUUGAUCUGCCAAAGAGCGGGCCUGGCUGCAGCCUCGUCGGCGCCGACUGCGCGGUCAAGCCCGAAGAUUUCCCCGCCGAUGCAGUCUUGUUCUCGUCCUCCGAGUAG